AUGCAUAACAAUAAUAAUCCUAUGUCCCAUAGUCUUACAAAUAAUAGUAGCGAUACUGAGGUUGUUGGUCCUAGUUCGCCAGGAAGUAAUAAUGAGGCUGUUAUAGAUGAGAGAAUGCGAAAAUUAAGUAAUCUGAGCUCCUCCGAACUGAACUCCUUCAACAAGGAAACCCCAGAUUCCCCUGAUCCGUACCUUGUCACAUUCGAUGGAAAGGAUGACCAAGAAGAUAUGAGAAAUUUGUCUCAUUUACAUAAGUGGGUUGUUGCAAUCAUCAUAGCGUUAGUCUCAGUUUGUGUCACAUGUAUUUCCUCAUCUUGGUCUUUGGCUGCUGAUAACAUUAUGGCCCACUUCAACAUUAGCCAUGAAGUAUGUACCUUAGGUAUAACCUGUUACAUUUUCGGACUAGGAACAGGUGGUAUGUUUCUUUCUCCAAUAAGUGAAUUUCAUGGAAGAAAGAUAACUUACGUACUAGGUUUGUUUUUGACUAUAUGCUUUGAAGUUCUAACUGCAUUUAGUCCUAAUAUUGGUGGUAUGUUAUUUGGUAGAUUCAUGUCUGGUUUUUUCGGAUCUUCCUUUAUGGCAGUUGCCAGUGGUACCUUUUCUGAUAUCUUCUCUAAGGAAGAAAUUACUUACCCACUAGUAUUGUACACAAUGUCACCUUUUGUGGGGCCAGGUUUAGGGCCAUUGAUAUCUGGUUUCAUUAAUAGCAAUUUAAAUUUCAGGUGGACAUUUAUUGUACCAUUAAUAUGGUCUGUUGUGAUGCUUAUACUCCUUAUCAUAUUUAUUCCGGAAACCUAUCAGCCAGUCUUAUUGGUACGAAAAGCAAAGAGAAUUAGAAAAGAAACUGGUGAUGACAAGUAUUAUGCAGCCUUGGAAAGAGUUAACAGUUCAUUGUACACGAGUAUUGUAAUAUCUUCGAAAAGACCAUUUGCUCUUCUAUUUGGAGAUAAAAUGACCGGAGUCUUAUGCUUCUACACAGGCUUUUCACUAGCAAUAGUCUACAUGUUCUUUGUUGCAUUUCCAUAUAUCUUCAAAACAGUUUAUGGUUUUGGUUUAGCUGCACAGGGGAUGUCCUUUUUAGGAUUAAUUAUUGGUAUGGGCCUCUCUUCAGCAACAACUCCAGGUUUAAUAAACAAGCAAUACUUGAAAUUAGUGGAAGCCAACGGAGGUGUUUCCAAGCCAGAAUUUAGGUUUUUACCUCUUAUGUAUGGAGUGUUUGUAACCCCAACAGGAUUAUUCAUUUUAGCUUGGACUUGUUACCCCAAUGUCCAUUGGAUAGGACCAAUUAUAGGUUCUGGAAUAUACGGGGCUGGUGUUACUCUAGUCUUUAACGGAAUAUUCGGAUAUACUGUGGAUGCUUAUAGACUUUACACGGCGUCUGCAAUGGCAACGAAUUCAUUCACGAGGUCCAUAAUGUCCGGUGUAUUCCCCUUAUUUGCUUUACAGAUGUACGAAGGUUUAGGUGUACAUUGGGCUACCACAUUAUUGGCGUGCUUUGCAUGUGUUUUAAUUCCAAUUCCAUUUUUAUUCUACAAAUAUGGAGAAAGUUUACGUAGUAAAAGUAAGUACACUUGGUCUGAUUAG